AUGCUAAACAAAAAUUAUGAAAAAAAAUCACGUAUGAUACCGUAUGUUCGAAAGAUCAAUCUCAAUAAUGAUAAUAAAAGUGCUAGAAGAAAACCUCCAAAAUUUUGUCUUGAUUGCAAGGAAACCGACAAUUGUGUCAAAUUAUUUUCUAAUAAAGUCAAUAAAAUAGAAGAACUCGUUGACAAUUUAUAUAACAAUCAAAAAAAGAAGACUGAAAAGUUCUCAAUAUAUAACGCAAAAUUUACUCUUAACAAUAUUCCUUGCGAAAUUGAAUACGAUUUGGCCAAUUUUACUUUAGAUGAAUUAGAAAAGUUAGGAAAGUUUACAAUUCAAAAUUUCAUUGAGGAUAAAAACUCAUCUUCUACCCCUUAUAACAAAAAUGAAAAUGAAAAUAUUUCUCAAUAA